AUGAAGCUUCAGGGUACCGUAAACGCGGUUUUUAUUCUCGGGGUGGCAGCCGGGCUCACUGAAAUAGCGAGCGGCGUCUGCAUAGUAAGAAACACCCCCGAGACGAAGGUGUACAGAUACCAGUGUUUCAGGUCGAACAAUUACUUGGCCGAUCUGGCGGCGGCACCGAUCGACGUACCGAAAAUAUCGUUCACCAACGCGAGGAUACAAUACCUGCGAAACAAAUCGUUCGCUCGUUUCGGUCCCGGGUUGAAAAGCGUUCAGAUAAACUAUUCCGAGCUGGGAGAAAUCGAGGACAGUCCAUUUGAGGGCCUCGUCGAGUUACGAUCGCUGCUAAUUACCGGGUGCAACUUACAGAUUGUGAAGGGAACGUGGUUCGAGGGGCUUUCGAAGCUGGACACGAUCAUCCUGGACCACAACGAGAUCAAAAGCGUUGAAAGCAGCUUCUUCAAGAUCGUCCAGCCGCUCAAGUCUCUCGAUCUUUCUUUCAACCAGAUAAGCUGCAUCCCCGUAGCUUCAAUUUACGGUUUUCGUACGCAAUCUUUUCACCUCGAAGGAAAUCACUUGGCUUGGGCUUGCCUGGCUCAACUUCUCGACUGGUUUAAAAAGAACAAUAUCAAGCAUGAUUUCGCGGCGAUAGGACCCUUCCCGCCAAUGGAACCCUUGAUCAAUAUGUGCGUGGAGAGACAUCCGAGUUACAAACUGGACGAAACGGGCCUGGAGAAAUGCAUUCGGAAGAAACUAAUGGAUUUCUUUCCGCCUGGGGAUAAUUACACGGUCGAACAAGCUUGCAGAUUUUUGACGGAUAAACCGUCCCCGUUUUUGAAUUGUUUCGACAUUUGA